AUGCUUGCAUGGCCCACACAUCAACCCCAAUCGGCGCACGAGCUAUUCGAGACGUGUCAGCAGAAAACAUCGUUCUUCAAGUUGGUCGGACACUACCCCGGGGCCCCACAGGCGGCUGGUUCCUGGUGCCACGCUUCCUUCACCACUUUAUCCACUAUGAAACUCCCUGUACUCGAAAACUUUCGACAUGCUCCUACCAACCAACUCUGUCUCUUUUUGCGACUUCUCCAAUGCCGACAAGAAACUCAAUCCAACAGUGUCACCACCAGACAUGCCGGUUUGGCGGAGGUGAAAACCGGGCCUGCUUACUUAGACCCCGUUGUCUUGAACUCGCUGUCCACCUUCCAGAUUCGAGCGGACAAGAUGGGCCGCCGAAAUAGCGACAACUCGGGUAUGCAGGAAUGGUGA